UUGUGAUGGAAUCGCUGACGUCCGACGACGAGGCGCAGCUCGACGCUGCAAUUGUCGACAGCCUCCUGAGCGCGCCGGCGCACUACCAGAAGAAGCAGCGUGCCGAGCUCGCGUACCUCCGCAGCCAAGUCGCACUGCUCUCGACGCACUUGGACGCGCUGGCAUCCGCGAGGUACGCGCCAGAUGUCGGCCACUGGGAGCGCACCGCGCGCAACCAAAAGAUCGCGUCGCAGCGCGCUUUCAUUGAAAACACGCGACUCAAGCGCGUGCUCGAAGACCAGCUCGAGCUCGCGGGCGCUCUCGAGAAGCUGCUCGUGAAGCGGCCGCGCCUCGCCGCGCUGCCGCUCCAAGACGUUGCCGACUGGAAGCUCCGACGACUGCCGUCGGAGCCAACACGCCGCGCCGCCGCCUUUCAUGCGAUGCUCGACGACGCCCACACGCACCUCGAGACGCUCCUCGUGCGCACGAGCAUCCUCGAUGCGCCGAUCGGACACCGACGCUUGAGCGUCCACGAGGUCGACGACAGUAUUCGCGUGUCGAUGCAGAGCGUCGCGGACAUUUCAAAGGACUUCGUCGCGUGCAGCGAUGCGAUCUGGUCGCGCUGGCAUGGCCAGCUCAGCGCGUCCUUGCCGCACGUCCGCAUGGAGCUGAUCGAAGACUUUGGCGCGAGUGGCGUCUACGUGCAGCUGUCGUCGAGCUUGGACACGACGAGCCAUGUACCCUGCGUGUACAUCAUGUAUGCGAUCAAACGCUUCAUCUUCCAAGACCGGAUCGUCUUUGUCCUCAAGACAGUUCUCGAAGACGUGAUGCACCCACCGCCGCCUGGACAACUCGUUGGCAACCACAACGCGUGUAUCCUUGUGCAGGCAGCAGGCGCCAACCGCACGAUCCGACGCAUGGUCGUCGAAGGGAGAUUGCCGGCCGAAGCGCCGCAGCAGAACCCGCUCUUCCACUCACCCGGUCGCAUCAGCGACGCGGUGCUCAAGCUGCUUCGGUCUGUGUUUGACGAACUGGAAGCCACGCUGAGUUAG